AUGACAGUUCCGAUCAUGUGCAAUCACUAUGAAAUCUCGGGACACCAAAGCGUGUUGGGCCUUUCCGUGGCCGUUCUGCAAGUGCUCGAACGGCUUGUCAGCUGCUGUCCUCUCGCAUCGCUCAUGCCUUGGCGCGCUGUGUGCACUCCACGGCCGUGCUUUCCAAAGCACCCCAGCGGCCAUUGCUCGGGCGUGCGCAGAUGCGCGAAGCUUGACUUUCAGAACCUUUGGUUCCACCAGGUGCUUGAGGGUCUAUCCAGCGAGCAGCACACAGGCCAGCACCGUCUCCAUCUCGGUACAAAAUGCCAACCUUACCAAAGUGACUGA